AUGACCGGAGCAAAUAGGAGUGAGCCAGCGGUGGCAGAUGGAGCUGGGGGGUUUCAUUCGCCACCGAAAACAACCGCGAGUGGCAACUGUCUCGAUUUCUCACCACCCAUCGGACGAACUUCGGCCCGCAUCGGCCUAGCAAUCCUUGAUUUCACCGGCAACAACCAGCGUCACUCGAAUGGUCAUUCCUAUUCCGUCAGCUAUGACGAGCACACAACGAUAACUAGUCCGCCUCCCUUCACUUCUUGCGAUGUCCCUGCAAUCCGACAGUCUUCAGCUUUCCGUCAACGUGAGUCAUUGGUGGUUAUUCAGAGUCUUGGAGCUUCGACAGAUCGGGAAGGCAAGAGGGGAGUCGGGUGGUGA